AUGGUCAAGGUAAAGCGUGAAGGUCGAAAAGCCAAACGGACGACCGUACCGCCUCGUGCGUCCGAGGUCGACGCUGCCAAGCGAGAGCGAUCGCUGCGCGCCUGCACCCGGUGUCGUGCGCGAAAGCAAAGGUGCGACAAUGGCCUGCCUCACUGUAGCAACUGCAUCAAGGGCGGCGUAGCAUGCGAAGCCUUCCCCAUCAAUGUCGUCUCGCGAGAGAAUCUGCUACAACUAUACGAUCAGCUGCAGGACAGCACACGCCGCAAUAGUGUGCUGCAGGAAGAGCUCGAUGUGGUUCGGCUGGUGAAUCACGACCCGCUCAGUCAGUUUAGCGUCUUGGUCGCUCAUCGGGCCUCGAACAAUCAUGCGGGCGAACAGGCGAUUUGGACGGAGCAAGAACUCAAGCAUGAAGGGAAUGUCGCAUAUACGCACAAUCAGCGACGGGAGAGGCCGGCCUCGCCUGCUCUCACUACAAAGGACAAGAGGAAGAACGCAGCGCCGCUUUCUCGAUCGAGCGGCCAGCAAGCGCCCGCAGUGCCCGCUCUCGAGGGCUUUAUGGAGCUCCUUGGAAGUUGUUUCCCUGCCGUCGCCCCUGCCGUGUGCUUGGCGGUGAACAGUGUCACCACGGGUCGAACGCAUGAAUGCGCGAACAAUGUCGCGGUUAUGGCCUCUCUCCCCAUGCAGGAGCUGUACUCGAUUCUCGCCAUGAGAUCAGGGCUUGCGGGACAAGCUGCGAUCAAAGCUCCAACUAGCCGUAUGGAGGCGUCGGUCAAAGAAACCGCCGGCAUGUUUUUUGCUGCCGCCGACAUGACGCGGGUGGCGGCGAUCAUGCUCUGGACGCUUCUGGCGCUUGUCAAGCGUCGUGUCGAGGACCUCUUGCGACUCGACAAGGUGCUGACCGGCUUUAUGAAGGUCUGGCAGACCAGAGCGGCAUCUGAGGCCUCUGCUUUCCUCUGCGAUGCCAUGACCAUCUUCUACCGAGCUUAUAGCUGGAUUCAUCUGCAGACGGCGAUCAUGGGAGGCAGUCUGCAGAUCGAAGUCUCGAGCGUGAUUAGUCUGGACACCAUGGACGCAUCGCGAUGCAAGCUGGAGAUGCGUUCUUUCGCAUCCUCAUUCCAGGUCGAGGUGGCUCGGCUCGAGUACCAGACGCUGUGCCUCUUCUCGAUGCCCACUGGCUGCCUCACGGACAUGCAGCACGCCGAGGCGGUGUGGGCGCUGCUCACUACGCUCAAGCAGCUGUCGGACGUGUUGGAGCAGUGCACCCUCUUGCUGGGUGCGGGCUUCGACUCGGCGACGCGCGAACAGGAUGGCCUGCUGCGAGCCAAGCUGGCUGUGCAGCUCUACGGCGUGUUUCCGCGUCUGCUGGCGCGCCACAAUGCAGACAGGCGUCUGUGGCGCUGGCUCGCCAAUGCCGGCCCGCUCGCGGCGACGGCGCUGUCGCUGUAUCACUUUGCAUGGGUGCAGUUCGGAUGGCUCGGCGACCACGCACUCGACGCAGCGGUGCUGGCGGAUCUCUUGGCGGCAUUUGCGUGGAUCCAUCAGCAGCAAGCGCUGCACAACGCCUCGCGCCCGGACUGGGCCAAGACAGUCGAGGCUGCGAUCGAGCUUGGCGAGCACAGUCUGGCUCGAUGGCCGCAUCUGAGCGGCACGCUGACAGCGACGCUGCACGAGCUGCGCGCCGUUCGCGAGUACGCCGCGUUCGGUGCACCGCUGUGGCCUCCCGUGCCGGCGUUCAGUGCGUCGAGCCCGGCGCAGACGUCGUCGAUCCGCACGCCCACGGGCAGCGAGGUGGCGCUGCACCCGGCGGGAUGGCUCCAUUGGGCGUCCGACGAUGCCAACGCCUCGCUCGCCGCCCAGAUGGCCGCCGACAAUCCGUGGUGCGAGCCAGAGCUCCAUUCCGCACCCCUGCGCGACGAACUCCGCACAGCCCCCGUCCUCGUCUACAUGGACGAAGCCAACCGCGCCUCGUAA